UCAGCGCAUGUGCAGCGCGGAGCAGCGGGGGCCGGCGGAGUCGCGGGGUGUCAGUGAGCGGCGAGGAGCCGGCGCCCCGUGCCGCGUGAGCCCGUCCGCCCGCGGCUGUCUGCGGGUACGCGUGGCACGCUGCUUGCUGAGCAUCUCCCCGGCCGCGCACCUGUCCGGCACCUGCCCGCCGCCCGCCCGGCGCCCCGGGACCGCCCGCCGCAGCCGGGCCCGGGCGCAGCGCCGCGGAGGGAGGGCCGCCGGGCGGGCCGGGCCGGCGCGGCGAUGAUGCACAGGUUCCGAAAGUGGCUGUACAAACCCAAGAGGUCGGACCCGCAGCUGCUCGCCCAGUUCUACUAUGCCGAUGAGGAGCUGAACCAGGUGGCCGCCGAGCUGGACAGCCUGGACGGGAGGAAGGACCCGCAGCGCUGCACGCUGCUCGUCAGCCAGUUCCGCUCCUGCCAGGACAACGUGCUGAACAUCAUCAACCAGAUCAUGGACCUGUGCAUCCCCCAGGACCGCGCGCCCAGGGACUUCUGCGCCAAGUUCCCCGAGGAGAUCCGGCACGACAACCUGGCCGGCCAGCUGUGGUUCGGUGCCGAGUGCCUGGCCGCCGGCUCCAUCAUCAUGAACCGGGAGCUGGAGAGCGUGGCCAUGCGCCCGCUGGCCAAGGAGCUGACCCGCAGCCUGGAGGGCGUGCGGGGCGCCCUCCGAGACCAGGCGCUGCGGGACCUCAACACCUACACGGAGAAGAUGCGGGAGGCCCUGAGGCACUUCGACGUCCUGUUCGCGGAGUUCGAGCUGAGCUACGUGUCGGCCAUGGUGCCCGUGAAGUCCCCCAGGGAGUACUACGUGCAGCAGGAGGUCAUUGUGCUGUUCUGCGAGACCGUGCAGAGGGCCCUGGACUUCGGGUACCUGACGCAGGACAUGAUCGAUGACUACGAGCCCGCCCUCAUGUUCACCAUCCCCAGGCUGGCCAUCGUGUGCGGCCUCGUGGUCUACGCGGACGGACCCCUGAACUUGGACCGCAAGGUGGAGGACAUGUCCGAGCUGUUCCGGCCCUUCCACACGCUGCUGCGGAAGAUAAGGGACCUGCUGCAGACCCUGACCGAGGACGAGCUGCACGUGCUGGAGAGGAACCUCUGCAUCUCGCAGGACGUGGAGUUCCCCAUCCGGGCCGAUGGGCCGGUGCCGCCCGCCCUGGCGCCUGCCUUCCCCGCGCCCCUGCCCCCCGAGGAGCUGCUGUCCGCCAAGACCAAGACCCCGGAGGCGGAGCUGGCCUGCUCCAUGCAGUACGACGACCAGGAGCUGGAGCAGCUCAACCGCAUGGUGUGCCGGGCUGGGGACGCGAUGUCGUCCCUGCUGUCCCCGCCCAGCGCCUGCCAGUCGCCUGCACGCAGGCCAGGGGCCGAGGACAGCCCCCGGGGCGAGGCCUCCCCAGGCGGCCGGCUGCUGCAGCCGGGCGGCGAGGAGGAGGAGGGAAGGGUGUUCUUCAUGGACGACGUGGACGGGUCGACAGAGGCCCCGGGCAGCCCGGCCGGGUGGACAGGCGGCCCCCGUGCUGAGCCCCGGGAGAGGGGGCGGGGCGGGCAGGCGGGGGCCACAGAGGAGGAGGAAGACGUGGCCAACAACAACAACAACGUUGAGGACGCCAAGGCCUGGGCCGCGGGCCCCGGCUCCUGCAGCUGCCUGGACGCCCCGCGGCCCCUGGACGGCUGGGAGGUGGUCACGGACGACGUGGAGAUGGCCGAGAUGGUCGCCCACCGGACGGGGGGCAUGAAGCUCUCGGCCACGGUCAUCUUCAACCCCAAGUCGCCCACCGCGCUGGACUGCUCCAGCUCCGCCCCGGAAGGCUCGGGAGACGGCGUCUCCCCGUCGGAGCCCGCGGCCGGGGGCGCGGAGGAUGGCUCCCACGAACUCAGUACCGCGGCCGCCAACUGUCUCCUGAACUCCUGCGUGUGCUGCGGGGGCUGUGGGGGCGGCCGGGAGGACACGGCCGAGAGCCUGCAGGACAAGCGCAGCCCCGGGGGCGUCAUCAGCGCCUCCUAUGUGGGCGUGGCCAAGGCCAGUGCCAAGGGUGCAGCCGAGAGACUGGAGGAGGCCCAGCCUGCCCUGGAGACGCUGCCCGAGGGCACCCCAGCCCCCCCGCCCUCGGAAGACACGCCCGACAGCCAGGAGCCCAAAGCCCCUGCUUCCAACAAGUGCCUGGCACUCCCCUCAGGGCCCCCGGCAGACGCAGCAGACGGGUCGCAUGGAGGUGGCGGCGGUGGUCAGCAAAAGGAGCCCAUGGCCAGGCUGCAGGACGCCGGGCAGUCCGCAGAGGCCACGGAGGGGCGCCAGUGCCUGUCAGGGUCCAGUGGCUCCCCGGCCGGGUCCCGCCCGCCAGACGAGACCGCGGCGGAGGCGGCCCCCGUGGCCGCCAGGGAGAAGGUCCGGUCCCGGUUCCACGGCAGCCACGACCUGAUCCAUCGCCUGUUUGUCUGCAUUUCAGGCGUGGCCGACCAGCUGCAGACCAACUACGCCAGUGACCUGAGAAGUAUUCUCAAGACGCUCUUCGAGGUCAUGGCCACCAAGCCAGAACUGGACGACAAGGAGAAGCUGAAGAAGGUCACCCAGACCCUGCGGAGCGCGGCCUUGGAGGACUGUGCCCUGUGCCAGGAGACCCUGUCGUCGUCUGAGCUGUCAGCCAAGACCCGGGACGGGGACCUGGAAGACCCGCCCGAGUGGGUCCCGGACGAGGCCUGCAGCCUGUGUACCGCGUGCAAAGCCCCCUUCACCGUCAUCCGCAGGAAGCACCACUGCCGCAGCUGCGGGAAGAUCUUCUGCUCCCGCUGCUCCCCCCACUCGGCCCCGCUGCCCCGCUAUGGGCAGGUGAAGCCCGUCCGCGUGUGCACGCACUGCUACAUGUUCCACGUCACGCCCUUCUACAGCGACAAGGCGGGCCUGUGACACGCGCUGGCGCCCCCCGGACCGCCAGGGCCCGGGAGGUCUCCCCGGAAGGCCGCCCCCGCUCCCCACCCCUCCACCCAGAUGCUGGUGCCUGGAGGGUUUCCACUGCAUUUCAUCAAGCUGCUGCUGCUGCUGCUGCUGCGGAGACUUCCGGAACGCCCAGGGCCUCCGCGCCGGCCACACUGUCCUCCCCACCUGGCGGGGCCACGAGGAGGUCAGCCUCGGCAGCAGGGGCUCCCGGGGUGCCAGGUGGCUGCCCAGGCAGGACAGGCUCCCCUCCUGCUUGUCCACCUGCCCCGCUGAGGUGCCCCCUGGAGGCUCAGCCACAGCAGAAGGCCUGCUCAGCACAGUGACGGGAAGCGCGGUCGUGGUCUGAGCUCUGGGCAGCUCAGUGCCCGCGGCACACCUGGCCACCGGGACACCUGUCCGACACCUGUCAGGGAGGGUCCGGGCUCACGGCCCCAUGCAGCUUCCCCGUGAGCUCGCCAGCCCAGAGGGACUACGGUGUCCAUCUCCCCGGUGCCCUGAGCCCAAGGCGCCCAGCUCAUCCCCCCGCGCCACGCCUGCCCACCCCUGCAGGGCCUCGGCCCAGCAGCACGCACCCCAUUGUCUCAGUGCUCCUGCAGGGGAGCCCUGCCCGUGCCCAGUCUGUCCGCCCCCAUCCCCCUGCCGAUGGGGAUGGGGCAGCGUGGACACCCGCAGGCCGAGGCGCUGGGGUCUCCACCCAGGCAGCCAAGGACCCAGUGGAGGGUGCCCACCUGCCUGCCGCUACCCCCUUCCCUCUGCGCCCGGGACCCCGGCGCGCCUCCCCGGACCCCGGGGCCACUGGGCCCCGCACGGACACUCCUCAGGCUUAAAUCUCAGGCUUCACAUUGCAAUGACAAUUGCAGCUUUAUUUUUAGAGAGAGGACACGCCUCCUGCUUCUUUUAUAGGAUGAACCCCAGCUACUAUUUAAUGGUGGAAUAUACCUGCAGAAAACGGCUUCUGGGGUCGGGGGGGGGAUUCUGUAUGGAGAUUAUUUUUAUUUUCUAUAUGCUGUGAUUCGAAAUCAUUUCCAUAAAUCUAUUUACGGGUUGCA